AUGAAAUUGACUCAAUUGACUUCUCUUUUGGUUUUCUUGUACCUGUCGCUAACUUCGGCUCUCUCAAACGGCCUCCUAGCUAAAGAAGUCGCCAAGAAUAAAGGAACGAUUACACUGACUAACAGCAACUAUGAGCGCAUCUUGGGAGGGCAAAGGGAAGCAUAUAUGGUGGUAUUGCUAACCUCGACCAAUCCGUCUAUUGGUUGCAGCUUGUGCAUGGAACUGGAACCGGAAUUCGCGACCAUUUCGGACUCGUGGUAUAAAGAUCAUCCCAGCGGUCUGUCAGCCGAUGGCGAGCACGCUCUUUUCUUCGCUAAAGCCGACUUUGAGCCUAAAACGAACAACGAGGUUUUCAUGAACUUCAAAGUCAACAAUGUGCCUCGAGUCCUAUUUCUGAGCCCUGAUCAGGACAUUGGUACUUUUAACCAAAUAAACUUGCCUUCUGAAGGGGGGAUCACCAGAAUGGCUGCAAUUGUGCAUACCCUGAAAGACGCCAUUGGGAUUUCGGACUUUGAAAUUUACCAGCCUAUCAACUGGGGUUCGGUGUCGAUCACAGCCAUGGCCACGUUUCUUGUUGCGCUGCUGGUUAGGCAAUAUAAACCCAUUGCCAUCAAAAUGUUGACCUCGAAGACAGUAUGGGGGCUUGGCACUGUGGCUAUUAUCGUCCUUUGGAAUGCGGGAUACAUGUUCAACUCUAUACGAGGUAGUCAAUUCGCCGGCAUGACACAGGAUGGAAGCGCGGUAGUGUACUUUUUAGAGGGCCAACAACAAAAUCAAUUUGGUGUCGAAACUCAAAUUAUUAGCGUCAUCUACGGCAUUCUCGCAUCUAGCACCGUGGCGUUAAUCGCGUUUGUCCCUUAUGCCAAGAAAUUCUACUCUCACGACAAGGCUGGCAGACCUUCCCCUUCCAAAGCUUCAUUGAUCGAGCUCGCAUUGACGGUUUCGUUCUUGGUUGCUCUGUAUGUGGUCUACAGCGCACUGACUGCCGUGUUUGGCCUAAAGAGUUCGGGAUAUCCAUUUAAGCUUUUCCGCUUUCCCUCCAUUUAG